ACCAAAUCUCGAUUUCGCUCCUUUUGUUCCUUCUCAAAAUUUUCUCAUUCUCUCUCGAGGCAAACAUGCAAUUUAAAACCCUAAUCCUUCCUUCUUCGAUUCCUCUCUCAAAUUCUAAUUCCAGAGUCCUCUCUAAAUCUUCCACACUCUUCAAUCAAUUGAACCGGAGACAUAUCUCGGCAUUCCAAGCUCGCAUUGAUGUCUCUCGUUUACCUUCGAAGUUGCUCUCGUUCAAAUCAAAACGUUACCGCGUUCCGCUUAGAAACAAUUGUGGUAGCCCUAGUCACGAACUGGUUAGUGAUAACCGGGAAAUCGCGAUUGAAAGUGACGGUACAGUUGAAUUGAUUUCAUUGAUCAAAGAGGGAGCACAUGAAGAAGAAGAAAUAUUGGAGGUUAAGCCAAAUGAGUUAGCGAAUAAGAGCAUAUGGAAUCAAGUGAAGGAGAUUAUGAUGUUUACGGGACCCGCCACGGGACUUUGGAUGUGUGGACCGUUGAUGAGUCUCAUUGACACCGCUGUUGUUGGUCAGGGAAGCUCAAUUGAACUUGCUGCUUUAGGUCCUGCGACGGUUUUAUGCGAUUACAUAAGUUAUAUGUUCAUGUUCCUUUCUAUUGCUACAUCAAAUUUGGUUGCUACUUCGCUUGCCAGACAGGAUAAAAAUGAAGUGCAGCAUCAAAUAUCUAUACUGCUAUUUCUUGCGUUGGCCUGUGGCUUCUUCAUGCUAUUGUUUACAAAAUUUUUUGGUCCAUGGAUGUUAACUGCUUUUACGGGACCAAAGAAUUUGGAUAUCGUACCUGCAGCAAAUACUUAUGUUCAGAUUCGAGGAUUAGCAUGGCCUGCAGUACUUGUUGGAUGGGUUGCUCAAAGUGCCAGCCUCGGCAUGAAAGAUCCGUGGGGACCUUUGAAGGCCUUGGCAGUUGCCAGUGCUAUAAAUGGCAUUGGUGAUGUGGUCCUGUGCAGUUUGUUAGGCUAUGGUAUUGCUGGUGCAGCAUGGGCAACAAUGGUUUCGCAGGUUGUUGCAGGUUAUAUGAUGAUUGAAGCUCUGAACAAGAAAGGAUAUAAUGGAUAUGCGUUCUCUGUUCCUUCAUCCAACGAGCUUCUCACAAUAUUUGGUCUUGCUGCUCCUGUGUUUCUAACAAUGACAGCAAAGGUGGCAUUUUAUACCCUCAUCAUAUAUUUUGCUACAUCUAUGGGUACACAUACUGUUGCUGCUCAUCAGGUUAUGCUACAAACAUAUAGCAUGAGUACAGUGUGGGGUGAGCCUCUCUCUCAAACUGCACAAUCGUUUAUGCCUGAGUUGCUAUAUGGUGCAAAUCGAAGCUUGGAAAAGGCUAGAAUGUUGCUAAAGUCACUAGUGAUGAUUGGAGCUACACUGGGAUUGGCAUUAGGCAUCAUUGGAACAUCUGUUCCUUGGUUGUUCCCCUAUAUCUUUACACCUGAUCAGAAGGUCAUACAAGAGAUGCACAAAGUGUUGAUACCGUACUUUCUUGCAUUGGUUGUGACACCCAGCACUCAUAGCCUUGAGGGAACAUUGCUGGCUGGACGAGAUCUUAAAUUUAUUAGCUUGUCAAUGAGUGGAUGCUUUGCGUUUGGUGCUCUUGUCCUCAUGUUUGUUAGCAGCAGAGGUUAUGGUUUGGCAGGCUGCUGGUUUGCACUUGUCGGAUUUCAAUGGGCCCGAUUCUCCCUUUCACUCACGCGCCUUCUGUCUCCUGACGGCAUUCUUUAUUCUGAAGAUUUGAGCCGGGAUAAAAAUGAGAAACUGAGAGCAGUGUAGUCUAGAGAAUCUCAAGGGCUCCCAUGUAUCAACUUCAGACCAGAAUUCGAACGAAGCAAUUGUAGUCUUAAGGAUUUCCCGUCCAUCAACCAUCAUGCUUCUCUCCAACGUGUUAAAAGUAAAAUUACUGAAGAUACUGUGUACUUGUCGUAGCUGCUGAUGACGAGAUUGUAUCAUUCUUUGAUGCCUUGGUGAGGGUACAUAAGAAGUAAUCCCCACCUUGGGGCUGUGAUAAGUUUUGAAAUUCACAGCUAAUGGCAUUUGUAAUUGCUGUUUACCAGGAGGUUACAAACUGUGUAAAAACGCAUUAAGUUUGUAGGAGUACAGAGAAAUUAGGGAAAAGCUUGUACCAUUUGGUGAGUGGUUCACUGUUUCUCCUUGUGGAUA